AUGGUCCAGUUCUCUGAGGAAACCAAGGAGCGCAUCUCCAAGGUUAUUGACGUUUCCCGUGUUGCCAUCCACUACGGAUACCUGCCUCUGAUUGUCUAUCUCGGUAUGGAGCACUCGGCUUCACGGCCUCAGCCUCAGAUGGAUAUUGGGACGAGUAUUGACCUUUUACAGGCUACACCUACAGCGAGCCCAGACCGUCUCUGUUCAAUCCAUGUCAUCGAUAAGGUAAAGUCGGCUUCUUCGGCGCCAAGCAUCCGACAACCCGAAAGUCUCAACUUCACCUCACCCACUCUCCCUCCUCACAGUAACCAUACCACCCUCGAAACCAGGAGCGUCAAGUUCAUGACUGCUCAGGAUGGCCUCUCGUCAUCCUUUGUGGAGACCGUAGCCGGCUUCACGGCCGGGAUCGUCUCGACGCUGUGCCUGCACCCACUGGACCUGAUCAAGACCCGACUACAAGUGGACAGAACAUCCCCAUCUCGCCUCGGCAGCUCCCUCCGCAUAAUCCGACACAUCCUCCAGCACGAAGGCGGCCCAUCCGCCUUCUACCGCGGCCUGUCCCCAAACCUCCUCGGCAACUCGACCAGCUGGGCCCUCUACUUCCUCAGCUACAACCACCUCAAAUCCGGCCUGCGGCGGUUGCACGCCGCCGCACCGGACACCCCCCUCAGCGCAGCGGAGUACUUCGCCGCGUCCGGCGGCGCCGGCCUGCUCACCUCGCUAGCCACGAACCCCAAUCUGGGUGCUCAAGACGCGGAUGCUGUCGACGGGGGCGGGGGCGCCGGGGGCGUACGCGUCGCUGGCGACGGGGGUCGCGCGCAUCUACGCCGCCGACGGGCUGCGCGGGUUCUACCGCGGGCUGCUGCCGUCGCUGUUUGGGGUCAGCCACGGCGCGCUGCAGUUUAUGGCGUAUGA